UUCCUGUCAUUCCUGUAUUUUGAAUUGAAUAAACCAAAAAAUAGAUGAAAUUUUUGUCUUGUUUAUAAAUAAAAAUAAGUGAUUACUGAUAGGAAUGUAACACAAUCGUAUCCAUUUAACAUAUUUCAUUCAUGGGUUAACAGGUCAACAAGUUUUUUACGUAAAAAUCUAGGUUAAUGUUUUCUGUAGUUUGAUCAAUAACUUCCUUGACUAUCCUAUUCCAAAGUAAACUUCAUAAAUUUCUGGUAAACACACCCUGGAAUUACGUCAACAUGUGAAAAAUAGGGCAAAUAUGUAUAUUUGAUUCAUAUUCCACACCCACAUAGGUCAGAAAAUUGUUUAACUCUGGAUACUCUUGUCCCGAUUUUGUGCAACCAUUCCUGUAAACCGAACUCGAGGAAUUAAAGAUGGUACGUGUAAUUUCAGUUCAUCAUUUUGCAAACCAACAUAUCCAAGUCAUUGAACAACCCACGGCGUGUACUGUUGCACCUCCGAAUAGACUGCUUUCGGCUUUGAUGAGCAAUUGCGUGGAAGUCAGAGAUCUGAGUAAUGAAUCUGAAGUUUUGUUUUCUUUUCCGACUGUAGACGAGGUUGUCCAAAUUGUACAUUGUAUAAAUGGAGAUUAUGUGGCAACAUUGGAAACUAAAUUCAACCGUCAAAACAAGGAAAUCAACUUCGUGCGUGUCUACAUCAACUGGGAUAGCAUUGCCACACUUCAACAAUCUAAGAUGACAAGCAGUGGUGUCAGUCUUGGGUCAUCUGAGUGUGGUAUGGUUCAACCUAUGAGAGCAAGAAUAGCAGGUCGUGUCACCCCCACCACUAAUCAAUCAGAGCUGGGAAGUUUGGAAAUGAUAGAAGUGCCUGUUCGAAGAAAUCCCAAUUUUGUUGAAUGUUGCCAAAUAUCUGGAAACCUCCUGAUCUUGUCAGAAAAGAUCAUAAAUAUAUACGCAUUUAAAAUAAAGGCACACGAUAUUUCCAAAAUGAGGUUUGUGGAUUUUGAGGAACUGCCAUUGUUGAUUGAACUGUCUUUUGCUCCUUACCACGUAGCAUUUUGUGAAAACUAUAUUGCUUGUAUGAGUAAAGACACAUUCCAUCUUUUUAAAGUGUAUGAGGCUGUCAAAAGGGAAACCAGCGAGUUGAACCUUUCUGGCCAAAAUGACUUCACUUUUGUAUAUGGUAACAAUAGUGGCCCGGUUGAUUAUAAGAAAUUAUUAAGAGAGGAAAUGUUGAGUAACAAAGAAAAAGUUACAGUCAAUUUACCAACAAUAGUUAAAGAGAACAGUAUCAUUCAUAAAAGCAGUCCCUUUACGUUCAGCGAUAGAGAUAUUUCAGCAAUAGUUAGACCAAAUUGUAUUCUAGACAAUAAAAACACGCAGUAUAGAAUAGAUAACUUAAUUCAGCUAAGGCUUAUGCCCAUCUUAAUAGAAAGUGCCCAAAGACAAGUUGCAGAAGAAUUCAAAAGCAUGGUUAUGAAACCUAUCUACAUCGAUCACACUUUGAAUGGCAAAAAAGAUAACCCGGAGAAAAGGUUUCUACGUAGUGACUAUGAUAAGUGUUUGAACAGUGUCGUGUGCAUUAUAGCUACGCAACAAGAAGGAUAUUUAUAUAAUUUUGAUGAUAAAGAAGCUUGCACCGAUAAAGACAACUGCCUGGCUGUGUAUCCGUUUACGGCACCAGUUUUUAAAUUAGUCAUGGAAGAAUAUUUUUUGCACGCGUUAACAGAAACAGGCUUAGAGUCGUACACUUUGAGAUAUGGGCAUCAGAUGUGUAGAAAUAUUGAAGUUAUCGAUAAUAUAAAUGUGGCAUGUCCACCAGUGUCGGAAUCCAUCUGUUUGGUGGGCCUAAGACCUUUUCUAGGCGUAGAACAAAUCCUCCUGACCGAAAAUCACAUGGUUUUGUUGGCAAAUUCGGAAACAUCACCUGCGCAUUCGGCAAGUUCUAAUAGUAGUUCAAAUGCAUCGUUUUUGACGCUGUACAACCUGGAGCUACCUUCACCGAGGAUGAUUUUCAAUGACAUUUCCAUCGUGGCCAACGUUCACAGGUUUACUUCGGUUCAAACUUACUGUCAUUUAAUGAGCGAGGCCCAUAUGGUCCUAAGAGUGGUACUUCUUUUGAAGAAAUGGAUAAUGACAGAUGAUAAUGUAAAGUUGGCAAUAUGUAGGAAAUAUAAUAAAGAUGACGUUGUAGAAACGUAUCGAACGUCUUGUGCUCUAUUAGGGGAUCAUUUCAUUAUGUGUAAUUACGAGGAUGAUUAUAUUCUGGCGGUUCCCUAUUAUAAAAUGGCCAGAGUAAUAUUAGGGGAAGUUUUAGUGAGGGUAAAAAAACUACAGGAACAAUCCGGAAAUCAAUUUAAGAAAGGACUGAUGUACUACUUGAAGAAAACACUAUAUUACGUAAAACCUGGUCCAGAUGCGGACAAAAUUUUCGGUUCCAGUUCAAAGCAGAAUUUGUCGGAAUCAAUCAUGGAUUACUUAGAACAUCACGCUUGUGAAGAUGUUCCGAACUUGAUUUUGAGAAGUAAAAUAUUUAGAGAGUAUUCCACGGAUAAGUUAAUCCAUAUAUUAACUGAAAAAAUAUCUGAGAAUUUUGGCGUUUCGGCGGAAAAACACCUUGCACUGACGCUCCUUUAUAUUCAGAAAUGCAAUACUACGAUGGCACAAGACCACUUGGACAAAAUCACCAGAGAAAACCUGCGCCUUCUUAUUUUGGAAAAUUACGAUCUCCUCUUCGAAACCACGUACCCCCCGCAACAUAAAAAUAAGUCAGUCACGACAUUUUCGGAAUUGACGAUACUGCUUAUUAGCAUUUGCCCGGAAUUACUCUCUUCGGUUUUUGUGAAUCUCAUGAUGGACAAGAAAGUUAUAAAUUUAAACAAAAUAAUCAAAGUGUUCCUGGAGUAUCUACCCUCCAGCAUAGGCAGCGAUAGUAAUUGUGCAAGUUUGCUGUUACAGAAAACUUUGGAAACAUAUUUCGAAAGAUAUUUUUCGAAACCGGAAAAUAUCGACCUAAGUAAAAUCAUUUACGAAAGAGGCGCUAGCGAGGCGAUGAAACUUUUGGUCAGAUCGUACCUCUCCCAGCUACAAAUUCUGCAAUUGAGAGAUGAGAAUAGUAGAGAUGGCAAGAAUAUUAGUUCAAACAAGCCCGACGAGAAAGACAUAUUCGAGGACGAAAACGAUGACACCAACAAAGAUCGCCACCAAGAGAAACUGGGGUACAACAGAAUAAACAAAACCUACUUCGAGGAACAAGCAAAGAAACCGAAGGACUGUUACUUGUUUUCCAGUCUGCGCUGGAAAUAUUUAGACAGAAUGCCUCCUUUUCAAAUCGAAAUCAAUUCCAAGCUGUACGAAGCUUGCAUCGAAAAUUAUCCUGUCAAAGAGGAAUGGCCGAUAAACGAAGAAGCUGAUGUUAUAUUGAAAAAGUUGCAGGCUCUGUUGUGCAGCCAAGUGGUACCGAAACAAGUUAUAUCUGAGGUCAAUGGAUAUCUCUCUGUCAACGAAACAUUAAGAGGGAACAUAAGUUUGCAGUCUAUAACGAUGUUAACAAAUGAUGCAACUUUACUACUGAUAGAUACCUGUCCUCAGUGUCUUCUACAAUUCGGCAAGGAUAGAUUUACUAGAACCGACGAAUGGAAGUUUCUGGUAGCAACAGUACAAAGGAGGAUACUAAGAAUUUCUCAGAAUGAGAAACUGAAAAGGGUGUGUUACUUCCAUAAGAGAAUUUUAAAAGAUAUUUUGACUUACGUCGCCUCCAACAUGACCUUGGAUCAACUGGUCCAAGUAUUUCCACAACGAUUCAGUACUAGCAACCAAGAAUCCUCCGAAUUAUCGCCCAAAUCGAGACUUUCCAUCGACAAAUCGGAAUUUCUUACAACGGACGACGAUAUAACGGAUACUCUAAAGGAAAUUCAAAAUUACGAACCCUUCAUCGUUAUUUGCAAGGAAACAAUGCACGCUAAUCAAAUUAAUAAAUUAAUAACUACCACCGGUCAACAGUUAUUAUGUACGUUGAAUCUCUAAGUACAGAUGAACAGAUUUAACUAAAACCCUCAAGGUCACUUGCACCGCAUUAACGAACGUCUGUCGUGACUUAUCUUGGCGGUUGCAGAUAAAUCGGUUUUACUGUAUACAAAAUUUGUUCAAAUAGGUAAUUUCUUAAUAAUGGUCAAUAUAAUAAUUAAGGGACGAGGGGAUAUGGUUUGAACAUUUUGAAAUUUUCAAUUUUUUAAUAUUUUAAAUGAAAGCACAUAACUCCAAGAAUAGUCUCCGACAAUUUCAGAUUGGUCGGAACAAAAUUACCGAAAAUACAGCUUGUUGAAUAGGGCUUUUCAUUCACAGUCAUUUGUUUCGAGCUUCCGUCAUGUGUCACAUAAUAUUAAUAUAUCUACGUCAUACGUUAUUGGUAUAUAACAAUGAUACAAACCAAAGACGUAUGGCGUAGAUAUAUUAAUACUAUGUGACACAUGACAGAAGCUCGAAACAAAUGACAAUCGAUGAAAAGCCAUAUAUCCCUACCUUCGACUCGCUUUUCAGCAGCUUCGCGACAACACGCUUGAAGCUUGAACGUAGUGAGAAACGUUCAACGGCUGUUCCCCUUCUCUUGUGUAAAUUACUUCGCAAUUCAAAAACAUAUUCCGGUGUGCAUCACUUUACCAUUUGACAGGCAAAAACGAAAUUUAAAAUAAAGUUGUCAAAAUUUUAAACAUGUUUUUCUCCAAACUGCUUUUUUCAAAAGCGGUGAACAUUGUAACUCGAAACUACUUGACCGAUUCAUCUGAAAUUUUGCACAGAUUUUCUUUAGAUAUUUUGUGAGGUAACGCUGUCGAGAUAUUUUUUGUUUUAUGCGUAUUUUUUGUUUAACAAUAAUAAAUAUGUUGAUUGUCACCUUUUUUUUUACAAAAAAUUUCUUUAUUACUUAAAAAUUUCUUUAUUACUUAAUGAGUGAUACCAAAAAUUUAAAAUCAUUAAAAAUAAAAACUCUACUGUGUUACCUCGAUAAACUCAUAAGCUAAUAAAAUCUUUUUGAAUUUUUUGUUCCACAUGAUCCAAUGACGACUUCUGAUGGCCACCACAAAAUCCAUUUUUCUUAGGUAUAGGUAUUUUUAGGUGGAAAAUUUGCAACCGUUGGCUUAUUUUCAAUAUUUUGUCUUGAAAUUUUUUUGUCUGAAUAUACUUAUUUAAUUUAAAAAUAAAAUAAUUCUACAAUAGUGUUACAAAACUGUCUUUACUUUUCUAUGAUCUUUUAGGCACUAAUGUUUAAUUUUAGUUGACUUUAUUUAUUUUUAAUAACUUACAACUAAACAAAUGAAAAACACUGAAUUUAUAUCUUUUAUUUUUCAAACUACGAUAUUUAAUUUAUUUAUUACACCAAAUCUACUAAUUUAUCUAAUUACAAAUUCAAAAAAUACUGCGCCCGUUACAUAUCAAAGUACACCGACGGUUUCAAAUUUACCACUAAACCUCUAAUUCCAAAAAUGUCUAUUUAUAUAGUUAUGUACAAUUAGUCUACUGAUUUCCAGAAACAUCGAAAGGUAAAUAUUAUUUACAGAGCAAUAAAAAAAGGUUAAUCGAUGGCCUUCUAGAUACACCGAUUGUAAACAAGUUUCUCUCGCCCACAGAAAGGGUCUCAGACAGUCCGCCACCAGAAGCUUCCAGAAUUGACAGAGCCGGCCUGGGACCGUGACAAUAGUUUCAAAAAAAAUUCACAAUAAUGUGCUAGAAAUGUUUAUUUCAAACCAUACCCCCCAUAACCAUAAUAAUGGUCAAUAAUUAAUGAUCACUUAAAACAAGCUUAUAACACUCGAAUUACUGAAUGUUCAAUUUUUAAAACCAAAUUUGCACAAUGCUAUUGACUGAAUUAAUACGAGGAACCAAAGUUUUAUAAUUUAACUAUUUGGAACAUUUUGAGAUUUAGGAUUUAUACAAUUAUUAUUAUGUUAAUUCUUUCUGUUUGUUAAUGUUUGUAUAAAAGAAGGUCACUAAGAAGGUAUUUAUAUUUUUUGUUCUUCAGCACUGACGAAAGUUAAAAUUUCGAAGUUUCAUAAAUAGGCUUGCAUUCUACCAAAGUGGAUUAAAUCUGGUAAAUAGGGUGGAUGUUGCAAUAUCCACCUCUAAUUUACUGAUUUUCGCAACGGUUUUUGAACUUGGUAGAUUCAUUUGUUGAAAACAAUUUUUUGUUCUGUAAAUCAGGUUUUCCUCACGAGUUUUUACACUCAGCUGGUACUAAAGGUGGCAGUAAUAAUCUGAGUUGUAAAAUUUCAUUUUGAAUUCCAUAAAAUUGGUACUAACACUUCUUGGUCCAUUUAUGAUAACUUUACCUUAACUCGAUACAGAACCUAAGGACCGAGUUCACGUCUCUCUCGAGAUAAUGGUAAUCUACAGCAAUGGAUGAAAGGAUGCAUACAAUUUUUUUUCUUUCUAAAAUGUUCCAAAUGUGGCUAAAAAAUCACAUUAGAAUAUGUUUUUAUUCCAUUGACAGCAACAAAAAAUCCGAACAGAUGAAUUAAUACUACUAAUAAACUUACAUUUUUAUCAUUUCAUAAUUCCCAAUACUCCCUACUUUUUCCACAAUAUGGCAACACUGUGCGAAAAUGGUAACUGACUGAAAAACUUGAGAAGGUGGGUUGACCGCUCAUCCGCAGAAAUUUUUCGUGUAACACUUUCCAAAUCUUCGAAAGGAGAUGGCCCAAUAAGAAGAAUAAGUUUAAAAAUUGGAUAGCUGAUAUUGACAAUUUCUUUUAUAGUAAAAACCGCAGAAUAUCUACUUUUUGUUGAACAGUUUCAUCUUUAAGAUUAAAAAGAUGUAGGUAACUAAAACUGCAAUUGCAACAAAAAUUGUACAGGUGCAUUAAUAAUAAUAAUAGCCUUAGAUUUUUAUCAUUUCUUAAUUCCCAACAUUUUCUACUUUCUCCAUAAGGUGGCAACAUUGCGAAAAUUGUAUAGCUGAUAGGUUACGUUCAAUACAGCAAUACCACAACAUAAACAAUUUUACACUUAAUAGGGCUUUUCAUCGAUUGUCAUUUGUUUCGAGCUUCUGUCAUAUGUUGUGUAAUCUAUGUAAAAUAUUAAUAUACACGGAUUAUACGACAUAUGACAGAAGCUCGAAAUAAAUGACUGAGAAUGAAAAGCCCAUAGACGGCAGGCAAUGGAUUUUCUAAAGUUUGUUUUUAAACCAAGAGGAGUAAACUAAAAAGACAGAUUCACACCCAAGAAAGUCACUAGAAAAAUUACCAAAUACAUCUUCUUUUUUGAUUGAUCAUGUCGGCCUUCGACGGUAAUCCCUAAAUAUUAUAUUAUACUGAUACGUCGCUAAAUAGUUCUAAAAACAACCGAUUUGAUAUAAACGUAGAGUAAAAAUCUAAAAAUUAAAGGAAUAACGCAGAAAACAUAAAGAAUCGCCGACAUAACUUAAUUAACCUGUAGUUAAUGAAAUGUCAGUAGUGUCAAAAUUUGAUAAAUGUCAUUAGUGUCAAAAUUUAUUAACAGUGGAGUAAACUUGUCUGAAGUUGGACCAAUUACAAACAAGCAUUACGCUGCGGUAAAUUUGAAUUACUCCUCUUGGUUUAAAAACAGACCAUAGUAAAGAACCAACAUCAAGAACUGAUUCAAGCCUAACCUAGUUCAAGAACAAUAUAUAUGUCAACAACAAUUUACCGAAAAUACCUUCUUAAUCCCACUUUUAUUUAACGUUGGAUUUAUUUCAAUGUUUAAAAGUUUCUCCAAUGUUGUAACAUCUAUUCUUGAUUUGGAAAUGCCUGGUAGCAUAGCUUUUAUGACAGGUUACGUCUGUAUUUAUACACGACUAUUCAAAGCAGAAAAAUAUAAAUAUCUAUACCUUCUUGUCUCAGUUUCGUACGAGAAUCGAGAAUUUGUAAAAAUUAUAUGACCACCUCGAAGACUUUUCACAAAAAUAAGCUGUCAAAAAGUUUCGAAUACUUAUAAAAAUAAGCUGACAUAAACUGAGCUAUCAAUAGUUUUCAAACGAAGUGUAUCCAUUUUUCGGUUAUAAUAUUGAUUUGUCUUGAUUUGUCUAGUAUAAGACAUACCACAUACCAUAGAAAUAGAAAAUAAAUGGUGAGUACUAGAAAAAUGUAGAACCUUUAUAAUGUGAGUGAAAAUAGGUUUAGAUCUAGACAGUAUCAAUAUAUCAGGUGCUAAAUACUAUUUAGGUACACGAAGAAUAAUUUUUAUUUCAUGCUUUCCAACAUUUCCAAUAUCUUUGUAACUUCAAGUAAAAUUUUUAAUAUUACAUCAAGAAAAACCAUAAUUAGUGGAAUAUUGAAUGUCGUUGGUUGACAGUUUAGCUAUUUACGUCCAAAGACAUGUGACAUUUCCAUGGAAUAACAUGACAAUUAUAUGGAAUGAUAUGUCAUUUUCAUGGAAUGAAUAUAUUCCAUAAUAUAGUGUCAUAAAUGAGUUCAGAAAAGAUUCUGGAUAAUGUAAACGCUCAGGAGCAAAAUAGAAAGAAGGAGCUAUGGAAAUAGAACAUGUUCGAAAUAGGUCUGAAAGACAGAGAAUGAAGAAUAGGACAAACAGGCUGCUCAAAUCUGGCUACUGAGAACAAGAACAAAAAAAACCGGAAGUCAGAUGAAUAUAUAUUAAAAAGAAAGCUGGCGAAAUAUAUUGGACAAGAAGAAGAGCAGAGAGCGACAAUUGGAAAGUCUUUGCAGAUACGUAUGUCCAGGAAUGGAGUACUUGAGAUGCUACGAAAUGGUGAUGGUGAUGAUGAUAAAGCAAUGCAUUCCUUGAAAAACAAGCUUAGCCUUUUUUUAUUUAAUGGCCAUCUAAUAAUUUUUUUAUAUUGUAGUUUCCGCUGUCUGUUAAUAUUUGUUUUGACAUUAUAUCUUCUUCGUUGAGUACCAUGGAUAAAUUUCUGUGGGCGUGGGUAGAUUCCAUGACAAUUGAUCGAUAUUUUUCUCGAUCUUGAAUAUUUCUUCCUGCCAAUUCCUCUUUUUCCCUUGAUCUUUUCGUUCAGUAUUAACUGCAAUAGGGCUUUUCAUCGAUUGUCAUUUUUUUCGAGCUCCUGUCAUAUGUUGUAUAAUCUGUGUAUAAUAUUAAUAUACACGGAUUAUACGACACAUGGCAGAAGCUCGAAACAAAUGACUGUGAAUGAAAUGCCCUAUAUCCAGUAUCUACUACCUCUCAUAUUAAAGUUUUCUCUUUUUUUAUCAUGUUCAUCAAGUCACCUUCGCCUUGACCUAUUCUCUUUAAGACUUCUACGUUUGAAAUGCGUUGAACCCAUGCUAUUCUGAGUAUUCUACGAUAUUACCACAUCUCGAAGGCUUCCAAUUUAUAUUUAUCAUAUUAACCUUCAUGGUCCACGUUUCGCAUCCAUAUAGUAAUACAGCAUACGCAUAACAUUUUAGGAACCUUACUUAGUUGUAAGUUCAGCUGAGAAUUGCACAGUAUACAGUUCGUUUAAUAUACUUACCGUUGCACGUCAUUAUCUACGUCAAAGGUUUAAGUUGACAUUGUUGCCCAAUUACAAAAAAUUCUUGAAUUCAUUUUAAAUUAAAUAUAUCACAUAAUUUUUGAGUAAGUGGAUUAACAAAACAAAUUUAUAUUCAAUGUAAAUAAAUAAACACUUUAGAAAUAGAAAACAAGAAAUAAGUUGCAAUCUUACGUUAAAGUCAAUAAUAAAAACAGUAAAUAUAAUAAAACAAAUACUUAUGCUACAGAAUAAAAACAAAUAUGAAGUGUCACCACCGCAACUGUCAAAUAAAUGUUACCAAUUUAUGCCAAAAUAUCACCUUCGUUCGAUUACAGUUACAGUCUUUUCCGAACAAAAUGUGCUUCAUAAAAACGCUUUAUAAUCCAUUUAUACAAAUUAAAUGAAACAUAUUAUUGUGUAUUUCUUUAAGGUAACAUUAAUAGAAAUCUUCAAAUAUUUCUACGCGUAUAUAAUAAAAUAUGUCUAGUGGCUGUAAUUCCAGUGUACUCGUCAAAAUGAUUCUAAAAAAGAACACACCUACCGCCUAAAUAUUUCAUGUUGGUAUCAUGUGACUUCACGGGCUAAGACGCGGAUGACGUGCAACGGUAAGUAUAUUAGACGGAGUAUAGAUCUCCUUGUAGUACUGUUUCCUUUAUUGGAGGUUAGCGACUACACUGUCAAAUCUGUCUCUGUCCAAUGCGGCUCUAAACAAAGAUGUUGAAUCAAGGCCGGUCCAGUCUCUGAUAUUUCUAACUCUUGAAAUUUGGCGCCCACCGAGACCCCGUUUUUCUUCAAUCUUACCCUGAUUGAUCUGAGAGGCUGUACUUUUUUAGUAUAGAUCUAAAUUUCAUAAAUGCUCCUCUUGCAAAAUCUAUACGAAUUUUAAUAACAUUGUCUUUGAUGUAAUUAUGCCAAGUCCGUUAUUGGAGCAUUCUCCAGUGACUCGAUCUCUAGUGACUCUAAGGAAUUGAAGAUCUUUGAUACUUUCAGCCAUGAUCGCUAUGCCAUCUGCAUAUCUGAUGUUGUUAAUAGUUUCUUACCCAAUUUGAACUCAACAUUGCCCUUUCAAGGUUUCGUUAAAUAUUAUUUCCAAGUAGGUUACAUGUUAAACAAAGGUUGUCAAACACAACCUUGUUUGACAACUAUUUGAAUGAAAAUUUUGUCUGUUUUUUGCCGUCUACCACCAGAAUAGAAGUUUCUUGAUUCGAAUAUACGUAGAUGACACUAUCAAACUCUUUUUCAAAAUCGAUAAAGCAGACGUAAAUUGGUUUCUGUACUUCCCAUGAUCUUUGAAGUGUUAGAAUUGAAGAACAAAGCCCGACGUUAUAUAAAGAAUCUUAAAAGCAGUAAAUAAAAGUAUGAAAUAAAAAUAUAAAUUUAUUAACAUUUGCGGAACUACCUAGAAAUAUUUUUCAUAUUUUUGUCUAAAAUCUCGCAAGUGUUUUUUAACUCCCUUUAAUUUUGUAGGAAUAGUCCAAUUUUAUAGACCUCAGUCCAAUUUUAUGUGAUUCUGUAUCAAAAUUAAAAAAUAUUUAUGAGAAGAUGACAAAAGAAAGAUUAUUUAAAGAAGUGAAUAUCUGAUAUGAGAUUAUUUAAUGGAUUCAAAUUUUAUAUUCAGAUUCUGAGAUUAUUUAAUGAAUAUAUAAGAAAUAUGGUUGAACUUUUUGAUAUAUUUUUAUUGUAGUUGUAGAUGCUUUUAUUAUUGUGAUAUUACUUUUAAUAAAUUAUAUAAUAAAUGUUUUUAGUAAAA